CCUAUUUAUAAAGACAAGUACUCUCAGGAAGAACUGCUGCUUCUAAACCUCUAGAGAGACAAUCGCACUUACUCUGAACUAAAACUGUUGUUCCCAGGAUGGAGAAAAUGGUGAUGAUAAUCUUGAUUAUGUUUUCUCUUGGAAUCAACUACCGGCCAUGCACAGGGUUUCCACGGUAUGCGGAUCCCCUUGUGGAUGAAGCUUUCAAUGCCUCUGUCAAAGAAGCAAAUGCCAGAUUACAACAUCCAUUUAUCUUUCGACCAUACAGAAGUUCACUGAUAGAUGUUUCUGUCCCAGAAGAUAACUCUCUAAAGCUGAUUUUUGUGUUCGGAAUGCAAAAAACUGUAUGCCGGAAAGAUUCUGAAGCAGAUCCUUUUACAUGUGAAUUCCAUGGCAGAGGAUUCCAGGAUAGAGCCCACUGUGCGAGCAAUACGAAGGUGUAUGAAAAGAGAGUGACGUAUCUGAAUAUUGACUGCCACUUAAUUCCUCUAACAUCAUCCGAUUUUUCCUCACCUUGAGCAGAAUAUACUGAAAGAGAAGAUCCAAUGAAGAAAGAUAAUUUAUGAAUUGCGUAAUCUUUCUUUUGAUCAAUUUCAGUCUGUAAUAAAUACCUUACUUUUCCUAUAAGACUUUUAUUUCACUGUACAAAUAAAAUAUAUAUUAAAAAU